CGGCCCGCCGCGUCGAGCCGUCCUCUUUCCUUUCCUUCUCCCUCCCCUUUUCCCUUCCUUCGUCCCUUCCUUCCUUCCUUUCGCCAGGCGCGAUGGAGCCGGGGCGUCGGGGGGUCGCGGCGCUGCUGGCGCUGCUGUGCGUGGCCUGUGCGCUGCGCGCCGGGCGCGCCCAGUACGAACGCUACAGCUUCCGCAGCUUCCCACGGGACGAGCUGAUGCCGCUCGAGUCGGCCUACCGGCACGCGCUGGACAAGUAUAGUGGCGAGCACUGGGCUGAGAGCGUGGGCUACCUGGAGAUCAGCCUGCGGCUGCACCGCCUGCUGCGCGACAGCGAGGCCUUCUGCCACCGCAACUGCAGCGCCGCGCCGCAGCCCGAGCCCGCCUCCGGCCUCGCCAGCUAUCCAGAGCUGCGCCUCUUCGGGGGCCUGCUGCGCCGCGCGCACUGCCUCAAGCGCUGCAAGCAAGGCCUGCCAGCCUUCCGCCAGUCCCAGCCCAGCCGCGAGGUGCUGGCUGACUUCCAGCGCCGCGAGCCCUACAAGUUCCUGCAGUUCGCCUACUUCAAGGCAAAUAAUCUCCCCAAAGCCAUCGCAGCUGCUCACACCUUUCUACUGAAGCAUCCUGAUGACGAAAUGAUGAAGAGGAACAUGGCGUAUUAUAAGAGCCUGCCUGGUGCCGAGGACUACAUUAAAGACCUGGAAACCAAGUCGUAUGAGAGCCUGUUCAUCCGAGCAGUGCGAGCGUACAACGGUGAGAACUGGAGAACAUCCAUCACAGACAUGGAGCUGGCCCUUCCCGACUUCUUCAAAGCCUUUUACGAGUGUCUCGCGGCCUGUGAGGGUUCCAGGGAGAUCAAGGACUUCAAGGAUUUCUACCUUUCCAUAGCAGAUCAUUAUAUAGAAGUUCUGGAAUGCAAAAUACAGUGUGAAGAGAACCUCACCCCAGUUAUAGGAGGCUAUCCAGUUGAGAAAUUUGUGGCUACCAUGUAUCAUUACUUGCAGUUUGCCUAUUAUAAGUUGAACGACCUGAAGAAUGCAGCCCCCUGUGCAGUCAGCUACCUGCUCUUUGAUCAGAAUGACAAGGUCAUGCAGCAGAACCUGGUGUAUUACCAGUACCACAGGGACACUUGGGGCCUCUCGGAUGAGCACUUCCAGCCCAGACCUGAAGCGGUUCAGUUCUUUAACGUGACCACACUCCAGAAGGAGCUGUAUGACUUUGCUAAGGAAAAUAUAAUGGAUGAUGAUGAGGGAGAAGUUGUGGAAUACGUGGAUGACCUCUUAGAACUGGAGGAGACCAGCUAGCCCACAGCAACCAGACUUCCUGUUGACGUUCAGGAAACACAGAUUCUUCGUCCUUUUCCCAACAGCCCAGGCUGUUGAUACCUCAGAGCCUUCCCUUUACUCUCCGAAGUGAACGGGAAGCCCCCAUCUCUCUCACUACAUGUCACCAGGGGUGAGCCUGCCUUUCCCGUCUUCACACCUGCCACCUCGUGUUCACACCUAUCUUUCUUACCUUCUUUUUGAGAUGGAGUCUCGCUGUGUCGCCCAGGCUGGAGUCCUUUGGCACGUUCUCGGCUCACUGCAACCUCUGCCUCCUG